AUGUCUCAGCUAGUUGCCACAGAUGAAUACGCUCCCUUUUUCGCGCCGUUUUUUGGCUUUGCAGGCUGUGCUUUCGCCAUGACUUUAUCUUGUCUGGGAGCCGCAAUAGGGACGGCCAAGUCAGGAAUCGGUAUUGCCGGUAUCGGUUCGUUCAAGCCGGAGUUGAUCAUGAAGUCUCUGAUCCCAGUGGUCAUGAGUGGUAUUCUGGCCGUUUACGGCUUGGUGGUGGCCGUUUUGAUAGCGGGAGGGCUGUCCCCAUCGGAGGACUACACCCUUUUCAACGGGUUCAUGCACAUGAGCUGCGGUCUGUGCGUUGGUUUUGCGUGUUUGAGCAGUGGAUACGCCAUUGGAAUCGUGGGUGAUAUCGGUGUGCGUAAAUAUAUGCACCAGCCAAGACUGUUUGUGGGUAUCGUACUGGUUUUGAUUUUCGCCGAAGUGCUGGGCUUGUACGGUAUGAUUAUCGCCCUGAUCCUCAAUACGAGAAGCUCUGGUUAA